AUGCUGGCCACCAUUCUCGCAGCAGCGGCGCUGCUGAGCGUCUAUCUCAUCGGCAGCGCUAUCUACUCAAUUACGCUGCAUCCGCUGGCCGACGUCCCUGGCCCUAAGAUCUGUGCGAUCACCCGCAUACCCUACUGGCUCGUGGCUCUCCGAGGUGACGAUAUUGAAUGGAUGAAGAGUUUGCAUGAGAAGUACGGCUCCGUGGUUCGGUUUGGUCCUACAGACCUGAGUUACACGGCUGCUCAGGCAUGGGAUGAUGUCAAUGGACCCAAGGUUCAAGAGAAGGCUCAAGAAUUCUCCGUGCAGCCGGUCAACGGUGUUCCGAGCAUUCUCACAACUAACACUGAGAAUCAUGCCCGAGUUCGUCGACUCUUUUCGCCCGCUUUCUCAGAGCGUGCCUUGAGACAGCAGGAGCCGCUAUUCCGCAAAUACGUUGAUCUUUUCAUGUACAAGAUCUCAGAGGUUGGUGAGAACGGAAAGAAGCCUGUCGAGAUGAUGCAACUUCUGAACUUCACCACCUUCGACGUCAUGGCCGAGCUUUGCUUUGGACAGCCUUUGGGUCUUCUGGAGAAGAACGAGUUCAGCCCUUGGGUCAAAUCCAUCUUCGAGUCGCUGAAGAUGCUGCCGAUUGUUUCCAUCAUCAACUACUAUCCUAUUCUUAACGCUAUCUUCACGCGUUUCGAGCCGAAAUCUGUUACGGAGCAGCGAGUCACUCACUGCAGACAUUCGGAAGAGCGCGUCAACCAGCGUCUGGAGAACGGUUCUACUCAGCCCGACGUCUGGAACUUGGUGCUUGCAGCAAAGGAAGGAAAGGAGCUCACCAUCAAGGAGAUGCAUUCUAACGCCGAGCUUUUCAUGCUUGCUGGGUCAGAAACAACUGCGACACUGUUGAGUGGCUGCGUCUACCUCUUACUCAGCCACCCUGAAAAGAUGAAGACAGUGCUUGCGGAGAUCCGAAGCAACUUCACAACCUUGGACGACCUCACUUUCGAGCGUUUGGCCGAGAUGAAGUACCUCAAUGCCUGCUUGAAGGAAGCACUGCGCGUCUACCCUCCCGUUCCCAUUGGAAGCCCGAGAGUGGUCCUCGAAGGUGGACAGCAGAUCAUGGGCAAAUGGGUACCUCCCGGCACGCGCGUCUCGGUUCAUCACUGGUCAACGUAUCAGUCUGAGGCGAACUUCAAGAACGCCAAGACCUUUGCUCCUGAGAGAUGGCUCAAGACAGAUCCGACUUACGCUGGCGACAUGCUCGACGCUCACAAGCCGUUUGGAUUCGGGCCGAGAGACUGCCUGGGCCAGAAUAUGGCGAUGCAUGAGAUGAGACUUAUUUUGGCCACUCUUCUCUUCUCCUUCGACCUUGCGCUGUGCGACGAGAGCAAGAACUGGAUGGACCAGAAGGCAUUCGCGUUGUGGAUUAAGCAGCCUCUGAUGAUUACUGCAAAGCCCGUUGACACGCAAACCAGAAUGAAGAUUUGA